AAAACUCAAACUCUAUCUUAUGUUAUUCAUCCAAAAGUCUGAUUAGCGUUUUAAAACUCAAUCCUACCUUUAAUCUCCUUUUCAUAAUAAGUGAAACACUUUUCGAAGUAUAUAUAUAUAUAUAUGAUUGAUUGACCACUUCACCCACAAAGUUUGGAGUUCUUUCAUCCAAUCUCAUAAACUCGCGAAAAACGGAAAAAGGAAAGAUGUGCGACAACAACAACGAAGAUCAGUUAGACAUGUCUGCUCUCGCCGUCAAUCUCCCCACUGUUGCCGUACGCGCACAGGAGAGGGCUCGCCUCCUAAAUUCUCUUACGGAUCAUAAUGGUGAGCUCGAUGUUGAAUACUUUGAGAGGGCUAGGUUGCUGUUGAAAUCUUCCAUAGAAGCCAAUCCAGAGCACCCUCAUGGUUGGAUCGCAGCUGCCAGGCUAGAGGAGGUUGCGGGCCAGAUUCAGACUGCUAGACGGUUUAUCCAAAUGGGAUGUCAAGUGUGUCCCAAAAAUGAGGAUGUUUGGCUGGAGGCAUGCCGUUUGGCAAGCCUUGAUGAUGCCAAGGCUGUGAUAGCUAGGGGACUUGAAACAAUUCCGGAUUCUGUGAAGCUCUGGCGUCAGUCUGCUAAAUUAGAGCAACGUGAUAUAUUAAGCAGGCUUUAAUAUAUGCAGGACUCAUGACACACGAGACAAGUACUAUACACUAGACUUUCAUAUUUAUUUUUAUUUGCUUUGAUCACUGUCAAUAAGCUCAUGGUUUUGCCUACAUUGUAGGGUGGAUUUUAUAUGGUGCAAUAUGUUUAGGUUGAGUUCAUCUGCAUAUUGCUGAAAGUUAUAUACAGUAAACUAGUAAUAGUUGCUCACUCUAUAAUAUCACCUUGAAUGCUCA